CAAUUCUCGACAGGAAGGCCACUUGGCCGUGAUACAUAUCAACAUACACUAUAUGUACCUACCUAUAUGUUUCCUUGAUUCUGACAUUGGAACAGCGGCCGCAGGCGGCAUCAUGGGCGUAGGUGAUGGCUGCGGUGGCAGCAUUCUUGCUGUGGUUCACCGCGGCCACGCCACCCUCGGCGGAUGACGGUGCUUGGCUGCUCCGUAAAGCACCUAGUCCAGCGUUGUUCUAUCUACUUUAUGGCCUCUCCCUUCACUUCUCUUCUUCACCUUGCGGACAUUGAUUGUGAUGUUUUUGCGCGGUUCAUUUGUCGGACCCACGUGAAUGCAGGGGGUAAACGAGCCUCUUGCGAGGGGGUAGGGGAAUCCUCAAAUGAGCCGCCAUCCAGGUGUGGCGGCGCAAACCAUUGCACAAGGAUGCUCUCCCGCGCAAAAGGUUAUUCGACAAACACGUCUCGACAACAGGCCGAGGCCGCUGUAUUGCAAAGGACGUGUACUGUCGCAAGAAUUAGACGGGUUUCCAAACCCCGACUUUGCUUUCCCUGUCCAAGAGAACAUACAACACUGUGCGCAAGCCAGCCUCACGAUGGCUGCCUCAAACGAAGAAUACGAAGUCGGCGACAUAAAAUAUCCCACCGGGUUCGGCCUGAAGGACAUCGCCGGCUGGGGCUCAACAGGUCUGGUGGUGCUGGACAGGGCCUCGAGCACGGUGGUGAAAACAGCCCACGUCAACGACGAGCUCGUGGAGAGAGAGAAACAGGUCUACGAGCGCUUCACCGAGCGCGGGGGCCACCCCAACAUUCUGCGCUACUUCGGCACCUUCGAGCGUGGCAUCCGCCUGGAGCACGCCCCUCGGUACAAUCUCAGCUCACUCAUCCGGGAGCCAGGCGACGGAGAGGAGGUCACGCCCCAGCGGCGGCUGCGCUGGGCCGUCCAGGUGGCCGAUGCGCUCGGCUUCGUCCACGAAGCCGGCGUCAUCCAUGGCGAUGUCAAACUCGCUAACGUCCUGCUGAGCGCCGAGCUCGACGCCAAGCUGACCGACUUUGCCGGGUCCUCCAUCGACGGCGGCCCGCUCCUCAUCGGGGUCGCGCAGAACCACCAGUACCCGGGCGAGUUGGUGUCUGUGAAGGCCGACAUCUUUUCCCUCGGUUGCCUCAUCUAUGAGCUUAUGACCGGGACGUUUCCCUACGAAGGACAAUCCGACAAGGACAUCAAGGACUGGUAUUCCAGGGGCAUUUUUCCCGAUACCAAAGCACUAGGCCCAGCUGGUCCGGUCAUCGCCAAGUGCUGGCAAGGCAAAUACGCAAGUUGCAGAGAGGUUGUCAAAGAUCUGAAGCGAUGCCAAAACCCCAAAGGUACCAUUUCUUCUGUUCUAGAAUCCCCAUUCCGACCUUGCAGACGGCACGAGCCAGCUGCUGACGCCUGUUACGACGGCAGCGCCAGUCACGGUUCCUUCAUCGUCGCUCCUCAUCACACUAACAAUCGCCCUGGCCGCUGCGUUGUACUUAACGUCAGCGCGGCCUUGGUGGCCGGGGCGGCAUCGCACGUCUUGACUCACCUCAAGAUAGACACUUUGGGCAUUUUCCCUGCUGAGAAGUCGCCGCGAACUGGAUCGGCUUCCCGUUUAGGCCCAACGCCGGCUGGGCAUCGGCGCAGACAUAACCGGUCUGCUUGGCUUGAUCGCACCGGUCGUGGUCCCUUCUCCAAGUUACAUGCUUUGGUGUCUUCUCGCAUUCCUUGUAUAUUAUCUUGUACUCGACGUAGUUGCACAUUGGUCCAGGCGAGGGGCAAAACCAGGGCUCAAUCCGGGAUAAGUGUUGGAUAGCUUCUCGCUGGGCCGCUAGUUUGGUGGUUUAUUUCGGUCAGUUGACACGUUGACUGCCAAAUCCUACCUCCGAGGAGGAUGGGAUUUUAAGGAGGAUCGCA